AUGAGUUUGGAAAUGAAAGGGCAGAAUAAACUCGAUGUCCUUGCUCGUGUACGUGAGAACCAGCGAAAGCAGCGCUCCCGCAAGCGUGAGUACGUCCAGGAGAUGGAGCAACAAUUGGUGGCGUUACAGAAGGAAACCCGGCGGACGGACGUCCAGAAUCGAAUCGCCCUACAAAAAAUGGCAGCCGAGAAUCAGCAGCUCAAAAGUCUCUUAUUAUUGCUCGGAUUUUCUGCCUUCUCGGCUAAACAGCACCUGCAAUGGUCUGACAAAGACUCAACUGCGGGUCGUAAGGUAGCGAUCCCGGUGAUGGAGCGGCCAACAGGGGCGAACUCGCUACCGUCCCUCAAAACCGCUUGCUCAUCGCCAUCGCAGGUGAUGUUUAGCGUCACUAGUGAAGAAGAUGACUCGGUAAAACAACCUCCGUUAAAUGACAAUGUCCAACCAACAAGUAUAAUGCCUACCCAUGAAUCGGCAGAGCAGCAGCAAACGUACGAAAUCUCAUCUUCAUGCAACAGGAUGACGGAACCGCACCCUCUCGAUCGAACUUUGUUCAACACAACCCCGUUUUCUGUUGCCGAUAAGUUACUAGCCCAGUACAAUGCUCGGGGAGUAGACAUGGAUGAACUCCGACACAGAAUCUGUCCAGGAUUUGAGGAGACGGAACUUGCUUGCUGCCGAGUGUCGAAUAAGAUGUUGUUUCAGAUAUUGGAUGAGAUCAGCUACUAG